AUGACCGUGAUUAUUACAAUUGUGAUGUCUGUAGUCUCGUGCUUUCUCAUGCUAUUCUUUGCCAUUGGAGUCAAAAGGGCGAGAGCACAAAAAUACAAUCGUGCUCAAAAAAUUGUUCUUGCAUCGGCAACCUUUGACCCUCUGGGUAGGCUGAUGGUACUACCAGAUGGGAUGCUUCCGACCAAGGAGAUUACCGAUGCUUUCCGCGAGAAGUCAUUUGAAGAAGGUUUCGAUAAAUCGCACGCUAUAUUUCAAUGGAUCUACCGAACAACAAGGCAUUGGAACUCCUUAAACGGCCUUCUCGAGGGGAUGAAAGCACACGUCCAACAGUACAAUUCUCAAACACGUUCGACAGAUUAUGUUGAAGACUACGGCUUUAUUUUUCGGGGACAAUUUUGUGUCGCUGCCCAAGAUCUGGCCGAUGGCACUCAUCGGUCACUAGACAAGAUGGGGUUCCUCUAUGACGAGAUAAUCGUCACUGGAGGAACAUCCCUUGCCAAAAAGCAUACCGACCUCGAAGCCAGUCAUGGCAAGGGAAAGUUUCUUUUCCUCGUGAAUGAAGUCACCAAAUUGGAUGCUGUACGUCUAGCCGCACAUGGCUUCAGGUUCACCAGUCCCAGUAAUGUAGCGGAAAACAUCGCCAGAUCUAUGCAAGUCACUAAGGAAACUAUCACAACACACAUGAACACAAUGAAACACUGUGCUUCCGCAGAGUAUGAGCUUCACCCGGGCGUCUAUAUCGGUUGCUUUGCGGUUCGAGCGAACGUAAAAGGUAGUUUUGACGUUCUAGUUCGUGCAAAUGCCCGUAACCAGCUACCCACCAUAAAGCUUCCGAUAGCCACACUUGAACAGACCCAACUCCACUACUUACAAGAACAAGAAAACAAAACCGCUAUGCAAAUCAUUAGCGGUUCACAGGCGUUACGACGCCCUGAAUCAGGUGGAACACUUGAUGUCUCCCCAUUUGUCAUCAUGUUCCAUGAUGCUCUCCGAGAACUCAUUAACGAGAUCCAAGAUCCAUUCUUUGCCGAUGCUACACUUGUUCUUACUCCCAUUCCCAUACCAUACUUGGAUCUCAACAAAAAUGAAACAGGCACUGCUCACAUAAUAACUUUUAAGACUAUGGUGCCUAUCCACUCUCGGACAAUCACUAACAACACCGCAUUCGAGUUUGUAUCAUUGCCCUUUUUCUCCUUACAGCAACGGUGUUACCCCUUCUCUCCGGAUCAUGCAAUCCACGCAAGACGAACACAUAGAGAAUUCUCAGCAAGGAUCACCCAUGUUCCCAAAAUCGCCCAGCCAAUGCGCGCAAAGUUUGCCAACACGUUGAUUCCGUGGCAAAAAGGGCCGACUAUUACAACGACUACCCUUUCGAGCCGUGCAUCUUCAUCCUCGGAGAAGAAUUUGGUUCUCGAGUACCCAACAGGCAAUCCUUUUCUUAAUGGGGGAAUCAUGGUUUCUCAAUCAGUCUCUGUUGAACACGAUGAGGCCAAGGGAGAGGGUAAUAUUGAGAUGCGCGCAAUGGGACCCAGUACUGCUGUGGUAAAAGAGGAAGACGUUGAGCAACCUACCUGGGCGGAUACAUUAUUUAGGGAAGCAAUCGCCACUGGAAAUGCAAGGAGGUCCUAG